GGGAACCGUGCUUCUCAUUACACUGUGAAGUAGACUGGAAGUACAAAUAAUAAACACAACAAAUCAAGCGGACACGUAGUUGUAAGUUUGGAAGCUCGAACUAUGCUGCGAUGCCCGAUGAUCAAUCUUCUCUAGAAUCAAAGGAUAUCUCACAAAUGUCUGAAGUUUAUAUCAAUGAGAACUAUUUCACGUACCGACGUUUGGUUCGGGCAAUCGUUUGUGGUUUUUUAUUUGGCCUUGGGUUCUGCGUUGCAACCCCUGCUUCGCCGCUUAUGCAACUUUCGUUAACAGAAGAAAAUAAAAAAGGUCUCAUUCCGAGAAUAAUGAAGGAUUUCUUUUAUCUCAGCUUCACCGCGAGCUCAUUGGCGUAUUGGUGUGUGGUUGAGCCUUCCAUUACUAAUCCUAAAGCAAAAGAAGGCUUCACACCGUAUUUGGGCCCAUUGACCGCAGAAAUUCCAGCCUUCAGUUGUUUAGUGCUGUCACAUCUUUACUACCCAGGGAUAGGCGCUCUUGUAAAUGAGACAACGUGGCGAGAAAAGCGACGAGAAUUUAUGCGUCUGAAUCUUAAAUGUUUCUUUGCAUAUGCCCCAGUUCAUAUUCCAGCAACUCUACUGAUUGGCGCCACUUUAGGUUUGAUAAUGUAUCCAUUUAAGCUCAUGAAAUUGUAUUCAUACAAAAAGAAGCGCCAGAAGAUACAUUGCUGAUAUUCUAUCUAUAUAUUUUUUACUCAAUAUUAGAUCUUACUGUCUGCCUAACGUCAUCACUCUUUACAUAAGUUCAAUUUAUAUUGUAUUUCAUCAUUCUCUUAUUAA